AAUGAAAAGUAUAUAUAUCUUAAGCACUCUUUGAAACAUUUUGGACAUUAAAUUUGAAAUGGUAACAUUUAUGAAGUUGAUUGUUAUAAAUCUUAGUGGGAAUAAAUUCGACAACAAUGAUAAAAUUUAGAUAUAAUUUAGUUAGGGACUUUCUGUAGUUUUAUGAUAAUUGAUGUUAAACAUUUGAUUUAUGAUGAUAAAUGAAGUGAAACAAUUACAGUGAAACAGAUUUGUACAGUAAUAUGUGUUUAAUCCUCAAAUCUAUUUAAAUUCCUUUUUGUUAUUAAUAUUUUUAUUAAUAUUGUUAGUAAUUCUAUGAUAUUUUUGGAAAAUAAAGUAUCUUGUUUGUGUAUGUUGAGUUUAUUGUAACUAACUUGGCUUGUAAUAACUAUAUUGUUAUAGUUAGUUUAACAAUGUUCUGAUAGAGAGCGUAGCUUUGUACUUAAACCAAAUGUAGACUUGCAGAUCUGGUAUUUUAUUUUGUAAUGGACAUUAUAUGUAAACUGCACAAUGUAUUGCAUACUUCGGUUUCGAUAAAUGUUACUCGUUGUUUAUUAUUUUUAUUUCAUGUUCUUGAAAGAAUGGCCAAUUUAGAGGUAUAUAAAGAACAAUUGCAAAAGAUUCGUCAAUAUGCACGGGAAAAUGGUAUCACGGAAAAUGAAAUUGAUAAAGCUUUACAGAAUUCCUUUCGUAUUCUUGAAAAGAAAGAGAAGAAAGUUAAUCUUUGUUUUAUUGUAAAAAGUAUGUUCGUAAUAUUAUUUAUAAUAAUUGUAUGCUUUAUAUCCUUUGACAAAAAGUUUUUGGUAGUGAUGUUAAUGAGGAAUUUGCAGAAUUCCAUCUAUCCAGGCUUAAAAUUAAUUAGAAAAAUAGCUAUACCGGUAAUUCAACAUUAUCCUUCUUUAUCUGAAUUAUAUGACGAAUGGUGCAUAUUAGAAAAUCCAUAUUUUUAUGUAAAUGAUAUGGAUUGUUGGCCCUGUAGCGUUGUACAUUUUAUACCUGAUUUAACUGGCCAUCAUAUAUCUAGAUCAUUUAAUGUUGGAAUUCCUUAUAUAAAAACAGAAAAUUUUUCGGAUGUUCGUAUGAAAGAUAUACAAGAAUUAUUGUGGCAAAAUUCAGAAGUAUUUAAAACAGAUGCUAUGAAAGUAUUUUCUAACAAUAAAACUUACAGAAACAUUCAAGAUGUUAUGGAAAAAAACAUGGAUUUAAAUCUUUCCAAAAAUUUAUACAAUCAUGUUACAUGGAGAAUUAAUCGCAUAACAGCAGGAAGAAUUUUAAGAAAAUUAUUCCCAAAACCCACUGAUACACCAAAUUGGUGGGAACAAAGUACAGAAAAAUUUAUUUUUUUUGAUGAACCAAAAUCACCACCUUACUCUUUACCAAAUCCUGAAUGUAGUAAUAUAAUGAUAAGAUGUACAACUGGUACAAGGUUGAUAAAAAUGAUAGCAAGCUCAGAAUGUAGUGCAUCUUGUGAAUCCUUUACAGUGUUAUUAUCUGCUGGAAAAACUCUAUGGUAUAACUGGUGGUAUUGGCGACCAGUCAGCUUUCCAGCUUUAAAUUCAACUACUAUUACCAUUAGUUACAUGACUUCAUUCUGUUGAAUUACUUUUUGAGGCACUAAUGGUAAUAUAGCACAUAUACAUAAUACUAUAAUACUAUUCCAUGACCAUGCGUCAGUAGAUGAUGUUAAAUUUUGCAAUGUUUUACCUGCUUGAAUGGCAAUAAAAGAUGGUGGAGCAA